AAACUGCGCCAGACUACAGCGCCACACGGUCAUUUGCAGUAACAUCUCAUUCCUCGCCUCCAUUUUCACAAAAAGUUAAAAGUGUGUUGAGUGUUAGGAAAAGAAAGUAAAAUGGCUCAUCUAGCGAGAGUAGCUGCCUCUGUCGCCCGUAGCCUCCCCAAGACAUCCUCCCAGGUUACGAGGAUUCUGUAUCCAGCGACAUCGCUGGCUGCUCGCAAAUUCCACGUGUCCAGCCAGAAGAAUGCUGAGAUUUCGGCGAUCCUGGAAGAACGGAUCCUCGGGGCUGCUCCCAAGGCCGAUUUGGAUGAGACAGGACGCGUGUUGAGCAUUGGUGACGGUAUUGCUCGUGUCUAUGGCUUGAAGAAUAUCCAGGCCGAUGAGAUGGUGGAAUUCUCAUCUGGCUUGAAGGGGAUGGCUCUGAACUUGGAGCCGGACAAUGUGGGUGUUGUGGUGUUCGGUAAUGACAAGUUGAUCAAGGAGGGAGACAUUGUCAAGCGAACAGGUGCCAUUGUCGAUGUCCCCGUGGGCGAGGAAUUGCUCGGACGUGUUGUUGAUGCUCUGGGAAAUCCCAUUGAUGGCAAGGGUGCCAUUACAUCCAAGACACGCUUCCGUGUUGGUCUCAAAGCUCCCGGAAUCAUUCCGCGUAUCUCUGUGAGGGAACCCAUGCAGACAGGCAUCAAGGCUGUGGAUUCCCUCGUGCCAAUUGGCCGUGGACAGCGUGAAUUGAUCAUUGGGGAUCGUCAGACGGGAAAAACUGCCCUGGCCAUUGAUACCAUCAUCAACCAGAAGAGAUUCAAUGAUGGACAGGAUGAGAGCAAGAAACUCUACUGCAUCUACGUGGCCAUCGGACAGAAGAGAUCAACAGUGGCCCAGAUUGUGAAGCGUCUCACGGACACUGGUGCCAUGAACUAUUCCAUCAUUGUGUCUGCCACCGCUUCAGAUGCCGCUCCUCUGCAGUAUUUGGCUCCCUAUUCCGGAUGCGCCAUGGGUGAAUUCUUCCGUGACAACGGAAAGCAUGCCCUCAUCAUCUUUGACGAUCUGUCGAAGCAGGCUGUCGCCUACCGUCAGAUGUCUCUGCUACUGCGUCGUCCUCCGGGUCGUGAGGCCUACCCCGGUGAUGUGUUCUACCUUCACUCACGUCUGCUUGAACGAGCAGCCAAGAUGAGCCCAGCCAUGGGCGGUGGCUCUCUCACUGCCCUGCCUGUUAUUGAGACCCAGGCUGGUGAUGUGUCAGCCUACAUCCCAACAAAUGUCAUCUCUAUUACCGAUGGGCAGAUCUUCUUGGAGACCGAGUUGUUCUACAAGGGUAUCCGACCGGCCAUCAACGUAGGUCUGUCUGUGUCUCGUGUCGGUUCAGCUGCUCAGACCAAGGCCAUGAAGCAAGUGGCUGGUUCCAUGAAGCUUGAGCUGGCUCAGUACCGUGAAGUGGCUGCAUUUGCCCAAUUCGGCUCCGACUUGGAUGCCGCUACUCAGCAACUCCUCAAUCGUGGUGUUCGUCUCACUGAGCUCCUGAAACAGGGACAGUAUGUGCCCAUGGCUAUCGAAGAACAGGUGGCUGUUAUUUAUUGUGGUGUCCGAGGACAUCUUGACAAGACGGACCCACAGAAAAUCACCAAAUUCGAGAAGGAGUUCACUGAACACGUCAAGACAAACGAGAAGGCACUUCUGAGCCAAAUUGCCGCUGAUGGUAAGAUUACAGAUCAAACUGAUGCUAAGCUCAAGGAAGUUGUCACCAAAUUCUUGGCUACAUUCACGGGUUAAGAGAAGAAAAACUGUUUAGUCAGUUUUUUUUUCGAACAACCUUAACGCGCCCCUUUUAAAUUAAAGAUACAAUUUCGAAGAUUAGAGAAAAUACAGAGAAUAUAAAGUAGAUUCAAGAUUUUCACGGUGACACCAUGUGAGCAACCGUUUCGAAACGAGGAAGAAACAAAGGAAAAAGAACAGGAGAGAUUGUGCGAAAGAGGAAAGUCCAAUAAAAUGGUUAAUAUUGAAA